UGCAGAUACCCUUUAAAAAGAGUAGUAAUGGGACCAGGCAUUCAAGAAUAUCCCUUAUUACUGCACAGAGAGGCACAGAAAAAGGAAAGCCAAAUCAAUGAAAACCACAAAGGAAUGGUAAAUUACAGUCAUGGAAAAAGCCAUCUGAACACCAAAGGACUAAAUAAAUCAAUUUCUCAUGUGAAACCAUCUGGAAGAUUAGGCAAAAAUGUAUCAAGUGCCAUUGAAAAGAUUUGCCAUGACACUCAAGAUGGUAACCAAACAAGUAUUUUUAAGAAGGAAAGAAACCAUCUGGAUGACAAUACUCACUCAAAAAGGAUCACGAGUGUUUGCACAUCACUGCACAAAAUACAAGGGCCAAAGAGGAGUGUUCCAGAAAGAAGGCAAAAUGAAUCUUUUCUGCAUAGGAUCCCUCCUAGCACAAAGGGCAGCACACAAGGCAGCUUUGGUAGGGUUAAAGAAGUCCCAGUGCAACGUUUUUAUUGCAGGGAAAAAGAACAGUUGGAAAGGAAUCACAAAGAACAUGUUGCUGAAGCUGGUCCGUGCUCUUCUAAAUGGCAAGAAGCAUCUGCAGAUGAAAUGUUUCUUGAUUUUGAAUCAGUACAAAUUAUUAAAGAAGAUGCUGAAGAUGAUAGUGCCAGUGAUCUCUCUGAUUCAGAAAGGAUUCCCAUGCCCCCGUCUCCAUGCACACCACCAGAACUCAUUCUCAGAGCUGAAGAAAUUGAUCCACUUUGUUUGGAACAUGUCCCUGAUACGGGUUUUAAAGAAUCAGAAUAUUACUACCCAGAUUUCCUCCCACCCCCUUUCAACUCAUGGGACUUGAAGCAACUGUCCAUCUUUGUUAAUGUGGAGGGUAAAACUGAAUUUCGACCAAAGCCAAGGGGAUUUCUUGAGAAGUACAUUGACCGCCUUUUGGAGCUGGAGUGGCUGCAGAUACAGACUGUACAGAAUGAGAAAGGAAAGGCAGCCAAAGCCAGGCCCCAGACCACUCCCAGCUCCUCCCGUACCCUAAAAAGCCCUGGCAAAGGCAAAGCAUUGCUCAGCCCUCUGCCCAACAAGCAAGUGGCUCCCCAGGAAAGUGCUACAAAGCUUCCCAGAAGCUAUUUAGGCCACAGGGGAGAUUCAUACUGUGAAGGAAGUCGCCAGUUAUAUUCUCAUCCAAGUCACCUGAAACUUUCUGAGAGAAUGGGAUGUGUGGUGUCUUCUCAGAGACAAUCUGGUGAAGUAAGGAGUGAACUGAAAAAAAAACCAGCUGCAAAGCAACAGCUUCUCAAUGUGCAGCCUUCCGAGAACAGUUCUAAAAUUCAAAGUGUUGGUAAUAUCAGACCCCCUAAGCAAACCCCAGCAUUUCCUGCUGCAGCUGCUCCCCUCAAAGGCUUGAAAACCUACACAUGUACAAAUCCAAAGAAAAAUGGCAAUGCCGACAAUUAUGUUCCUUCUAAAAAACCAACAGGGGACAUGAAAAUAAAAACAAACGGCACGAAGCAAACAUGCAAAUUUAAAUGA